UUGCAUUACAAUGCUACGCUGUGUUCAAUCAAAAAAUGAGAAUGAUUUCGAUACCUUUCUGUAAAAAAGGGAACAAACAAACUUUUUUCACACCACUACGGUAAGGUCUUUAAUUGUUGUAAAGUUUGUAAGUAAAUGUAAUCGUGACUUAUACACAUUUUUUUCUAAUUAUAAUUAUUGAAAUUGUACAACAGCAAAAUUUAGCUAUAUAUAAUUCGCAACCCUGAUGCUGUCAGUUUUUCUCUGGUUAUAAAAUGAAUUCGGUUUGAAUGUUCAUUCAAAACCUCUCGUAUCAUUUUUUUCGACUUUUGCUCGUGGAGAAAAUCGAUUAAACGACGCUCCGCGAGAAACGAGAGCAUGAGAAUGUUGUUUUGUUUAUGUUUUCCUCGAAGCCAAACAUCAGCUCACUCCUCUUUCCGUUGACAGUGGCUUUAGGUGGUUUUAGUUCAUAGCAGCAUUCUCUUUGUCCACGACGCAAUGAUUUCCAAAUCUUUCUCCUCAUGUUAGUGAAAAUUUUGACCUAAAUUGUUCCACAACACCCGAAAUUGUGGUUUUAUUUGCAUACAAAUUGAUUCACGGAAUAAAAAUUCCUGCACCAAACACACGUUUUCUCUAUUAUUUAGGGAAAGGCCAAUCAACCGUAACUCCUAGCAGACAAUAACAGUGGCCAGGCAAAGCCAAAAGAAAAUAUAGGCGAAUCCCUGCCUAGGAGACAAACUAGGCACGUAGUCCGAGCACCUAUCAGCUGGGGCGUUGAGCAUUCCCUCUGUGCAGUUUCACAUCUGACACAUUCACCGAACGAAGUGCAUAGAAAUUGUUUCGAAGGUGCAGCUCCUAUAAAUGCGAAGCAACCAAAAAGUAUAUAAAUAAAACGCUUCGGAAGCUUUCCUCACACCCACGACCCACCAGGCAGGCAUACAUCUGUAACUCUGGUCCGCCUUCCACUUGCGCAAUUGUUUAGCCUCUCAUACAAAACAAAAAAAAAAACGCUUGACAUUGCUCUGUUGGGCACCCCGUUUUCAUUCAUUUUUCGCUAUACAGCGCUCAGUGCUAGGCAAAAUUCGCUUCUGGCAAGUGCUGAUUUCUAGCAGCCGCCGCGGGUUCGUAAUGGUCGGACAGCAACGUUUCCAGCUAUCGUCGGUUCCGAUUCUUAAUCGGGACCACGUCAAAAUACGGGAUCCCGGCAAGGUGGAGCACAUGCUCAAUGAGCUGGUGUACGGCGGCAUCGAUCGGCUCCAGGUAGUCACCGAUUUUGAUUAUACAAUCACCAAACAGAAGCUCGACAAUGGGGAAAAGAUUCUGACCAGCUUCGGGAUGUUCAACGAGUGCCGUUCGCUCCCGGACUCGGUGCUAGAGGAAUCGAAGAAGCUGUUUCACAAAUAUAGGCCUAUCGAAAUCGACCCGUUGAUGCCGUUGGAUGAAAAGGUGGUCUACAUGAUUGAGUGGUGGACCAAAACCGGAGACCUGCUCAAGGGUUUCCCGCUUCCCCAGGAGGAAAUAGCCGAAGUCGCGCAGCGGUUCAAAGAUGGCCUCCGCGACGGUACUCACGAGAUGUUUUUCGACCUGGACCAAAACAAGGUCCCCUGUCUAGUUUUCUCGGCUGGGCUUGGCGAUUCGGUAAUGUCGGUCCUUCGGCAAGCCAACGUACUCUACCCGAACGUAAAGGUGAUAUCCAAUUUUCUCCGUUACGAUGCCGAUGGAAAUCUGAACGGCCUGCAGGACAAAAUGAUACACACCUUCAACAAGAACGAGACGGCACUCAAGGGCACCGAGUAUUACGAUCUUGUUCACGACCGGGACCACGUGAUCGUGAUGGGCGACUCGCUGGGCGAUGCCGGAAUGGCCGACGGUAUUCCCUCGUCAUCCCACGUGCUGAAGAUCGGUUUCCUGUUCGAUCAUCCCGAACAGAACCUGCCCAGGUACAUGGAUACCUUCGACUUGGUCCUGGUUGACGAUCAGACGAUGGACGUGCCACGAGAAAUCAUAAAAAUGAUUAGAAACAAAUCUCACCAAUAAUUUUCGGACGUAAUGUACCUUUAAUUAGAUUUCCUUCUUUUCGAUUUGUGUACAUUUUUUACCAACGUAUUUCGUGUUUAAACAGCUGUGUACUUCGCGUAGAUUUCAGAAGAACAGCAAAAUCAACUGUGUUUAAAUAAGAUAGAGUUUGUUCUAGGGAAUAAGCGCCGUUGUUGUCUUUGAAAACAGAAUAGUUUAUAGACUAAUCUCUUUCUCUCUUCACUGGACACCAGACAGUGUGCUGCAUUAUUGUCAGUUGUUGUAUCUUACCACAUCGUUUACCUAAAGUCGACUAACACAGUUCAUUAAACUUAUUACCACUUAUGAUGAUCGAGAGGCCAUACAAGUACUCUUAAGUGCAACAAUUAUUGCUGUUGCAAGUCCCGUUAGUAAGGACUUAAGUGAAUAUACCGUCAAUCAGCACAAAAUCUCGAAUGGAAGAUUAAAGUGAGAAUGAUGAAAAUAAACUACAUGACUUUGACGAUUUGUCACUUUGAAAAAAG